UAAUCACCUCCAACGGAAACCAGCUGAGAGAAAGGGUAGAGCAGAUAAGAUGGCGGAGUGAUCGAGUUGUACUUUGAACAGACGUUUGUGACCCUUGAAGUUUGUCAAUAACAACAGCGGGGGACUAAAAAGAUCGAGGAGAUUACGUUAACGUCAUCGAAAAGGCAGAGUUGAUCCUCAGCGCGGAGGAGGUCGAGAGUCUUUCUUUUUGCGGUGGUCCUUGCGACAGCGUUAGCUUGAUGCUAACGUUAGCCAGCGUUAGAGUCGAAUCGACUGCUACAUCGAGGUAGCUGGGAGGUUGUUGGAGGCCGUAGGCUUUGUCAGAGUUUAUUGUGGGUGUUUAUACUUUUAUACUCCCAUUGUAUUCUGUGGUUCCUUGAGAGGUUGUGUUUUAACGUAGAUAAUUUGUAACAGAAUAAAGGGAUACAUCAGGAGAUAUAUAUAUAUACAUAUACAUAUAUAUAUAUAGAGUUGCUAGCAUUUGUUGUUAUUAUCGUUAGUGAGAUAAGUCCGUAAUUGCCCUUAAAACCAAGUGGACAUUAAGGACUUAUGUUCUGCUGACAAUCGGACCAAACCACCAAACAGAAUUUCCUAAGGUGAAUCGGGUGGAAAUCGUCAUUUGGUGGAAAUUAUGGCGAGCAGCGGUGGCUCAAAAGCCGAGUUCAUAGUCGGUGGAAAAUACAAGCUUGUUAGAAAAAUCGGAUCGGGAUCUUUCGGCGACAUAUAUCUGGCCAUCAACAUCACAAAUGGAGAGGAGGUAGCUGUAAAACUGGAGUCACAGAAAGCGAGACACCCACAGUUGUUAUACGAAAGCAAACUGUACAAGAUUCUACAAGGUGGUGUCGGGAUCCCACACAUCAGGUGGUAUGGGCAAGAGAAGGACUACAAUGUCCUAGUCAUGGAUCUGCUUGGACCGAGUCUGGAGGAUCUGUUCAACUUCUGCUCUCGCCGCUUCACCAUGAAGACUGUCCUUAUGCUGGCAGACCAGAUGAUCAGCAGAAUUGAGUAUGUACACACAAAGAACUUCAUCCAUAGGGACAUCAAACCAGACAACUUUCUCAUGGGCAUUGGUCGUCAUUGUAAUAAGUGUUUAGACUCGUCAGUGGGGAAGAGGAAAAGAAGCUUGGCUGUUAGCUCUUCUCAGGACCCAUCUUUCUCAGGAUUAAACCAGUUGUUCCUUAUUGACUUUGGCUUGGCGAAGAAGUACCGAGACAACCGAACAAGACAGCACAUCCCCUACAGAGAAGACAAGAAUCUGACUGGCACAGCCCGCUAUGCCUCCAUCAAUGCUCAUCUUGGCAUUGAACAGAGUCGCCGUGAUGAUAUGGAGUCACUAGGGUAUGUGCUGAUGUACUUCAACAGAACCAGUCUGCCAUGGCAGGGAUUAAAGGCUGCCACAAAGAAGCAGAAGUAUGAAAAGAUCUCGGAGAAGAAGAUGUCCACCCCUGUUGAGGUCCUCUGUAAGGGUUUCCCAGCAGAAUUCGCCAUGUAUCUGAACUACUGUCGUGGCUUGCGCUUUGAGGAGGCUCCAGAUUACAUGUACCUGCGCCAACUGUUCCGCAUCCUCUUUAGGACUCUGAACCACCAGUAUGACUACACAUUUGACUGGACCAUGUUGAAACAGAAAGCUGCUCAGCAGGGGGCCUCAUCUGGUGGCCAGGGCCAGCAGGCACAAACCCCCACAGGCAAGCAAACUGACAAAUCCAAGCCUAACAUGAAAGCGCGCACACAGAAAGUACAGCUAGUGGACCAGGAGAUAUGAGCAUACUAUGUACUCAGUGGUCAUUGGAUCAGAAAUUGUUUAACGUUUCUGAGAGCUCGUUGCUCAAAGUAGAGCUGCAGAAGCGUUGGUGACCAGGGCCAACAAAUGUUUCUUCCUGGACAAACGACAAAGAACGUCUGUCUCUCCUUUCACAAUAAGUAUCUAUGUAAUGGCAAUGUAUAGAUUUACACAUGCCUUUGUCUGCUGUGUUAUCUAUAUAUUAAUGUAUAUAUAUAAUAAAACUCUCCACUCCGAAAGAAAAAGCAGGUUUUAUUUUGGAUGUGGUUGCUGUAGCCCCCCUAGACACAUAUGCCUAUCCCCCACCCAUCCCUCUGUCUGUUAUCUGUGUUGACUUUUUGUAAGGUUUCUUUGAAAUCUCAAGUUAAUCAGCUGACCCCUUUUUAUCUCCCAGUGGAUACACCACAGUAUUCUUCCCCCUCCCUAAUUUUUCAUUCCCGCAUUUUACCAAGCCAAUGUUAAAACAUGUAAACCUGAAAACUGUUCUCCUUUUUCUUUCUCAAAUAAUUGAAUGACUCAACCCUGGAUGUUACUAAAAGACAAUGUUUUUUUUGUUUUCCUUUGGUGAUUAGCAGUUUGCCUGUUGACAAUAUAAGCAGCUGGUGGCAACAGUCAGUGGUAGAAUGAUACUCUGGCUCUCUCCCUCUUUCUUUAGAGCUCUGAAUGAUUAUUAAAUCUGUUGUACUACCUUUGGUCUUCUCUGAAAAUACCAAUAAAAACAUAACAUAA